ACAUAUGGUAAUUUGUAAAGUUUGUUAACCUAACUUAUUAAUACCUUGUUACCCAAUUUAAUUUGUUUCAUCAUAGUCAUUUUUUUAUAAAGGAGAUUAUUUUAUUUGGAUAAACAAUUUAUUUAUUGUAAAUUUCAUUAGUUACUGGAUUAAAUUUUAUAUAAAAGUAAUCUUGCUAGAAAGUGACGUGUCAUCAUUACAACUGAUGGAAUGUGGAAAAGUGCCGAAAUUAAAUAAAUGAAGUAUGAUAACCUUUAUAGUUUGUAGUUAAAAUAUGACUACAAAACAUAUAUUUACUUUGAUCUCGUAAUUUAAUUGUAAAAUGCCCGAGAACUCUAUUGACAUCGAGUUCCCUGUUGGGGACCUUCUACCAAAAAAGGAAACAGAAGUUACUUCAUUUUUAUCAAAAUAUCCAAAUUAUGAUGGAAGGGACGUCGUAAUUGCCAUAUUAGACUCUGGUGUAGAUCCUGGAGCACCUGGGCUUCAAAAAACUUCAGAUGGAAAGGUUAAAGUAAUUGAGAGAUUUGAUUGUAGUGGCUGUGGUGAUAUAUCACUUUCUGGGCCUGUUGAAGCUGCUAAAGGGGGUUUUCUAACUGGACUUACUGGGCGUAAAUUAAAGAUUCCAUCAAACUGGCCAAGCCCUCAAGGUGGAUAUCGAUUAGGUGUUAAAUCUGCCUUUGACCUCUACCCUGAGAAGCUUAAGAAAAGAAUUCAAGAUGAACGCAAGGAAAAGUUUUGGAUUAAUCAACAUAAGCUAAACAUUGCUCAUGUUACCAGAAACUUAGUGAGUUUUGAAGAAGGAAUUUCAGAAACAGCAACUCUCACUGAUGAUGAGAAAUUAACCAAAGAAGAAUUGGAAGCCAGGGCAGAUGUAUUAAAUAUGAUAGAUAAAAAGUAUUUUGAUGCUGGACCAGUAUAUGAUUGUGUAGUAUUUAAUGAUGGAAGAAAAUGGAAUGCAUGUGUUGAUACUACUGAAGAAGGCAACUUAGAAAAGUGCAAACUUUUGGGAGAAUACUCCAAAACUCAUGAUUUUACAAUAUUGACUGAAUUAGAUCAGUUAAAUUAUAGCAUUAAUGUUCAUAAUGAUGGGGAGACACUAGAGUUAGUUGGCUAUUGUUCCAGUCAUGGUACCCAUGUUGCUUCUAUUUCUGCAGCAUAUUUUCCUGAUGAGCCAGAAAAAAAUGGUAUUGCACCUGGUGCCCAAAUAGUAGCAUUAACAAUAGGAGACGGUCGUUUGGGUUCAAUGGAAACUGGCACAUCAUUAGUUAGAGCAAUGAUAAUGCUAAUGAAACUUUCAGAAACCAAGUCAGUCCACAUUGUCAACACUAGUUAUGGAGAGCAUGCCCACUGGUCGGAUUCUGGACGUGUGGGAAGUUUAAUGAGUGAUAUAGUCAACAAACAUGGACUUAUAUGGGUAGCAUCUGUAGGAAACAAUGGCCCUGCUCUUAGUACUAUUGGUUGUCCUCCUGAUAUCCAUCUGGACACUAUUAUUGGUGUUGGAGCAUAUGUUUCUCCUGAUAUGAUGGUAGCAGAAUAUUCUAUGAGACAAAAAUUAAAUGGAAUGUCCUACACUUGGUCUUCAAGAGGGCCUACCACUGACGGAGGUUUCGGGGUAAGCAUUUGUGCCCCGGGCGGUGCAAUUACGUCGGUACCUAAUUUCACAUUACGCAGCUCACAAUUAAUGAAUGGAACAUCGAUGGCUGCACCAUAUGUAUCCGGUGCAAUAGCAAUUAUUUUAUCAGGUUUGGAUAAGACAAACAAGGAGUGGUCACCUUAUAGUGUAAGAAGAGCUUUAGAAAGUGGUGCCAUACGUGUAGAAGAUGUAGAGCCUCUAGCCCAGGGCCAGGGUCUCCUACAGGUUGAAAAGACUUUUGACAUUUUAAACAAGUUUCACAACAGUCCAGAACGGUUUGUAAGGUUCCAAAUAAAUUGUGGUCUCUCUGGUGACAAAGGAAUUUACAUUAAGUGUGUGGGCAAAUGUCCUAGUCAUGAGUGGCCAGUAGACAUUGAACCGUUUUUCUUAGAAAGUAAUGAAGUAGAUGCAAAUUAUAAAAUACAAUUUAAUCAGCACCUGUCGUUAACUUGUGGAGCUGGAUAUGUAAGUUAUCCAAAACAUUUGGAUCUCACUAAUAUGGCCAGAAGAAUUUCUAUUAAAAUUAGCACGGAUUCUUUGAAAGCUGGCGUGCAUACCACAAGUGUGGAUGCCUACGACAGCGGAAUUUCAGGGAAAGGACCGGUUUUUCGGAUUCCUAUCACCAUUCUCAAACCUCAAGAACUUGAUCCGGUUUCUUUUACGUUUAUUGCCGAUAAAGUAAUUUUCCAUCCGAAUACAAUUAAGCGUCACUUCUUUGUGAUACCAGAAAACGCAACUUGGGCUGUUUUUCGCAUGAGUUGCCUUGAUUCGAAUUGUAAUGGAAAAUUCGUACUGCAUUGUAUACAACUAAUACCGAAAAGAAGUUGCAAAUCGUUGGAAACUAAUAAAGCAAUAACGAUAUCGAAUAAUACCGAGAACGUUCAAAGUUUCCCUGUAAAGAGUGGCUAUAUGUUAGAGGUGGUCAUUGCUAAAUACUGGGCCAGUUUAGGGGACAUGACUGUUCGAUAUUCGGUAUCGUUUCAUGGUAUUAAACCUAGACAACCGACCAUAAACAUGCACUGCGCCGAUGGAAUAUACAGGGUGGACGUAGCAACACUGAGAGGGGAAGAAAUCGUACCAACUAUAACACUUAAAAAUGCUGUGCAGAUUUUAAAGCCGUCUGAAGUUAAAAUAAAACCUCUAACACAAAGAGACGUUAUUCCUCCUGGUAGACAGAUAUAUGAACUUAUUUUAACAUACCAUUUUCAUCUUAUUAAAACUACAGAAGUUUCACCGAAAAAUCCACUGCUGAGCAAUAUGUUGUAUGAAUCACAUUUUGAAUCCCAAUUGUGGAUGAUUUUUGAUGGAAACAAACAAUACCUGGGUUGCGGAGACGCAUACCCUUCUAAAUAUUCUUUGAGACUAGAAAAAGGCGAAUACAUUAUAAGAACACAAAUUCGUCAUGAUCGAAAGGAUUAUUUAGAAAAAUUAAUUGAUACGCCUUUGUUGCUUAGUCAAAAACUAACAAACACUAUAAGUUUGGACGUAUUUGGGACAUUUAAUGACGCCAUAAUAAAUGGAAAAAAGGCAGUAUUUGGGCCGAGUUUGAGUCCAACAAAUGUGCCUCUAUAUAUAGCACCAAUGGCCCCAGAUAAAUAUAACGUUAAACAACAAAACACAACUCAUUAUUUAUCAGGCUUCAUAGUAUAUGCUAAAGAUGAUUUAGGCAGAAGGGUAGAUACAUACCCAUUCAAGUAUGUUUUUCAUCAAGGAGGUCCAAUCAAAAGGUCUCCGCCGCCAGUUAAGUAUGAAAGAACAAGAACAAAAAAAGAAGAGUACAAAGAAAUUUUGAGAGAUCUAAAAACGACGUGGAUAUCAAAAAUGGAAACUCAAGAAGAUGCCGAAAGAUUGUAUGAGGAAGUAAAACGAGAAUUUCCGGACAAUCCUCAAGCACACGUCCACAUGUUACAAUUUCUUGACCCUAUGGAUGUAAAGAAACAACUGCCCGGAUUAAAUAGAGAAGACAUUCAAAAAUACAACGUCCAAGACAUACAAACCAAAAUUUUUCCUAUAUGUCAAGCAACCAUAGGGAGUAUAGAUCAGAAUGCCCUACUUGCUUAUUUUGCCUUGAAGUCCGAUAAUAGAUUGGACGCUGUUAAAAUACGAAGCGUUAUGGAAAGACAAAGAAGCGCCCUUAUCGAAACCUUGUGCAGAAAAGGAAUCGGUUUAUGUAAACUUUAUCAGUAUGUGCAGUUUGAAGCUGGGCCCGCGAGAAAGGUAAGCAAAGAAGAAAUAGCAAAUGUAUGGAGGGAACUUAGCAAAUUCACAGAUCCAAAUGAUCGUAAUGCAGCCACAAAUGUAUCGGUAUUCGCCUUUUGGCACGCUGCUGCACACAAACACUACGGGAGACUGUUGAGGUAUUUCUUACGCCAUCAAGAGGACAAAGGAUAUUUUAAGGAAAUGGAUGAAAGAUGCGUUGAACUUUGUGAACUGUUAGAGUGGUCCUAUAUAGUAAAAUAUUUACAGAACAACAUGAGUUCUAAAUACCCAACAGACUAUAGACCGUUUUGAAAUAGUUAAUACUGUUAUUUAAAAUUUAAGCUUAAAUUUAUUUUAACUGUAAAUAAAUGACGAUUUUGCGGUACUGCCAG